AUGCCCAAGCCCACUGCCGACUGGGAGCGCGUCGGCGACCGCUUCUAUCGCAAGCUGCAGCUCUAUACCGACGUCUUUGACCAGGACCUCGAGCUCGAGAACUUCCACGUCGUCGCCGCUCCAUACUCUGGCGCUGUAGCCAUCUAUCGCGACGAGGAAAAGCUCCAGACCUACCGCGCCUCGCAGCAGGCCAAGACCUCCAUCGACAUCUACAGCUGCGCCGGCAAGCUCAUCCGCCGCAUCAAUUGGGACAAGGGCUCCGUCAAAGGCAUUGGCUGGUCGCUGGACGAGAAGCUGCUCGUUGUGACCGACGAUGGCACCGUGCGCUGCUACCAGCACCUGCACGGCGAUUUUGUGCCCUUCACCCUUGGCCACGGCGCCGACGAGGUCGGCGUAAAGGCCUGCCGCUUCUGGGGCUCCGGCUUCGUCGCCCUGCUCAACAACAACCGCCUCGUCUCCGUUGCCCGCUACGAUGAGCCGCGCCCCAAGCUGCUGGCCCUCGCUCCCGAGGACCCCGUGGAGUCCUGGGCCCUGAUCCCGCCUACCGAAACCCUCUCCCGCUCGGUUGAGGUGCUCCUCGCAAUUGGCGAGACCAUCUAUCUUGUCGACGCCACCGACUGCGAGGACCGCAUGCUGCAGCGCGGGCCUUUCAGAUACACAAGCGUCUCGCCCAAUGGCAAGUACGUCGCCUUGUACACCGAGGACAACAAGGUCUGGGUUGUCAGCAGCGAUUUCCAGAACAAGCUCAGCGAGUACGACUCCAGAGCGAGGACGGUGCCCAAGGACAUGCAGUGGUGCGGUAACAGCUCAGUUGUUCUGGCCUGGGAGGAUGAGAUUCAUCUUGUUGGGCCCAACGGAUCUGCGACCAAGUUCUUCUACGACAGCUUCGUUCACCUCCUGCCCGACGUGGACGGCAUCCGAGUACUGACGAAUGAUGUUUGUGAAUUCGUCCAGCGUGUCCCUGACGUGAGCGAGGAGACAUUUCGUCUGGGCUCCACCUCUUCGGCUGCCGUGCUCCUGGAUGCGGUUGAUCAUCUGGAAAAGAAAUCGCCAAAGGCUGACGACCUGAUCCAGAUGAUCCGGCCCAAUCUGGCUGAAGCGGUUGAUAUAUGCGUGAAGGCCGCAGGCCAUGAGUACAGCAUUCACUGGCAGAAGCAAUUGCUCAAGGCUGCGUCAUUCGGCAAGUCGGUGCUCGACCUCUACAACAGUGACGACUUUGUCGACAUGUGCGAAACUCUCCGUGUGCUCAAUGCGGUCCGCUUCUACGAGAUUGGUCUGCCUCUUUCCUACGACCAGUACAUGCGAUUGACGCCCGAGAAACUUGUUGAGCGACUCAUCAACCGCCACGAAUAUCAAAUCGCCCUCAAGAUAUCUGAUUAUCUCCGCCUUCCGACGGAUCGUAUCUACGUACAUUGGGCCAGCCAGAAAGUCCGCAUUUCCAACGACGAUGAGGAGAGCAUAUGCCGUAUGAUUGUGCAGAAGCUCGAAGGUAAGCAAGGUGUGUCAUUCGAGGAGAUUGCAAGGGCAGCAUAUGAUGAAGGCCGUGCACGCCUUGCAACAGAACUAUUGAACUAUGAGCCCCGUGCUGGGAAACAGGUUCCCCUGUUGCUGGACAUGAAAGAAGACACGAUAGCAUUGGACAAGGCGAUUGAGAGCGGAGACACCGAUCUCGUGUUUCAUGUCCUUUUGCACCUGAAGAAACAACUCACCUUGGCGAGCUUCUUCAGAACCGUCACCAGCCGACCGGUUGCCACGGCGCUGGUGGAGUCUUCUGCACUCGAGCAAGACAGGGAAUUGCUCAAGGACCUUUACUACCAAGACGAUCGCCGCCUUGACGGCUCUAAUAUCCUCAUUGCCGAGGCGCUUGAGCAGCCUAGCACAAGCCUUUGCAUUGAUAAGCUCAAGCUUGCCGGCAAGCUACUCCAGGAUUCGCGUGAGCACAGCUUCAACGUGAAAGCCAUCGAUGAAGCACAACGCUUGCUAAAGCUGCAAGAGGCCUUCGAGAAGGAUCUAGCGGUGACAGGAUUUGUGGGUCUUUCCAUCAACGAGACCGUCUUCCGCCUCGUGCGCGCGGGCCACAUGAAACGUGCGCAGAAGGUGCAGUCCGAGUUCAAGGUGCCCGAAAAGACAUACUGGUGGCUCAGAUUGCGUGGACUUGUGGCCAAGAGGGACUGGAACGAGUUGGAGGAGAUCAGCAAAGUCCGAAAGAGCCCCAUCGGCUGGGAGGCCUUCUUUAACGAGAUCCUCUCAGCCGGGAACACGCGAACUGCGGCUCUUUUCAUCCCGAAGUGCACAAACCUACCGGUCACUGACCGCAUAGAAAUGUGGGUCAAAUGCGGCCUGGUCGUGCGGGCAGGUGAGGAGGCGCUCAAGGCGAAGGAUAUGAACAGCCUGGCAGAAUUGAAGGCCAAGGCCAGCGGCAACGCGGUCCAUGAGAUUGAGCAGAUGAUUGGGCAAUUGGCGGGUGGAAGGAGGUAG